UAAAACCAAACUAUAAAUAAGGAGCAACCAUAAAAAGAAAAUGCUCUAGAAGAGUGUAGACACAGAAAUCCGAAACCCAUGUCCCAAGUUAGCUUUUUGAAACCCAGAUACUUUUUUUUUAUUUUUGUUUAGUGAAGAAAAGAAUAAGAAAAAAAAAAAAAGAAGGCUUAUAAGACUUAGUUUUUGGUGUGGAUUUUUAUUUUUAUUUUGAGUGGAGAGAAGAAUGGAGGAAGAAGUAGUAGAAGAUUGCUGCGUCACGCAAUUGAUUGACGCUAAUGGGAAUUUCAAUGUGGAAGGGCUUGACAAUUUCAUGGAGAAAGUGAAACUCAUCAACUGUGGCCUCUCCUAUGCCAUUGUAGCCAUCAUGGGUCCUCAAAGUAGCGGGAAGAGCACCUUAUUGAAUCAUCUUUUCCAUACAAAUUUCAGGGAGAUGGAUGCUUACAAGGGAAGGAUUCAAACAACUAAAGGAAUUUGGAUAGCAAAAUGUGUUGGCAUUCAACCUUUCACUAUUGCCAUGGAUUUGGAGGGUACUGAUGGCAGAGAAAGAGGCCAGGAUGAUACUACAUUUGAGAAACAAAGUGCACUAUUUGCUUUGGCAAUUUCUGACAUUGUACUGAUAAACAUGUGGUGCCAUGAUAUUGGUCGGGAGCAUGCUGCUAAUAGACCGCUUCUAAAAACAAUUUUUCAGGUCAUGAUGCGUUUGUUCAGCCCCCGUAAAACAACACUGAUGUUUGUUAUACGUGAUAAAACAAAGACCCCACUUGAACUUUUGGAACCUGUUUUAAGGGAAGAUAUUCAGAAGAUAUGGGUUGAAGUUCCUAAGCCCCAGGCUCAUAAGAAUACUCCUCUAAGUGAUUUUUUUAAUGUUGAGAUCACUGCUUUAUCCAGUUAUGAAGAGAAGGAGGAGAAUUUCAAAGAGGAGGUUGCUCAACUGAGGCAGCGAUUUUUCCAUUCUAUUUCUCCAGGAGGGCUUGCUGGUGAUAGAAGUGGUGUUGUUCCUGCUUCAGGAUUUUCAUUCAGUGCACAACAGAUUUGGAAAGUUAUAAAAGAGAACAAAGAUCUGGAUCUCCCUGCACACAAGAUAAUGGUUGCCACUGUCCGGUGUGAAGAGAUUGCCAAUGAGAAACUAAGUCGUUUGACCUCUGAUGAGGGUUGGUUGGAAUUGGAGGAUGCUGUUCAAGCAGGUCCAGUAUUAGGUUUUGGGGAAAAGCUCAGCUCAGUUUUAGAAAUGUAUUUUUCAGAAUAUGACAUGGAGACAAUCUACUAUGAUGAAGGUGUAAGAAAUGCCAAACGACAACAACUGGUGUCAAAAGCAUUGCAAUUUGUGCACCCUGCUUACACUACCAUGUUGGGACAUCUGCAUUAUAACGCACUCGAGAGUUUUAAGACUAGACUGGAGCAGGCAUUGCAUAAAGGAGAAGGGUUUGCAGCAUCUGUUUGUACCUGUACUCACUCUUGUAUGUUUGAGUUUGACCAUGAAUGUGCAGAAGCUGCCAUAAGACAGGCUAAUUGGGAUGCUUCAGAAGUCCGGGACAAACUUUGUCGUGAUAUUGAUGCGCAUGCAUCAUCUGUCUGUAGUGCUAAGUUGUCUGAAAUUAUUGCCAUUUAUGAGAAACAACUUACCCUAGCAUUGAAUGAACCUGUAGAAUCCCUACUUGAAGCUGGUAGGAGGGACACCUGGGCUUCUAUAAGAAAGCUUCUUAAACGUGAGACUGAGGUUGCUGUAUCAGAUUUUUCAAAUACGAUUGCAGGUUUUGAGUUGAAACAAACAACAGUUGAUUCGAUGGUGCAAAAGUUAAGGGAUUACGCAAGAAACUUGGUGAGGAAAAAGGCAAGAGAAGUUUCUGGGAAAGCUUUGAUCCAUAUGAAGGACAGGUUCUCAACAGUGUUCAAGCAGGACAAUGAUUCAAUGCCUAGGGUUUGGACUGGGAAGGAAGAUAUUAGAGCUAUUACAAAGGAUGCACGCUCUGCGUCUCUAAGGCUUUUAUCGGUUCUGGCUGCCAUACGCUUGAGUGAAAAUCCAGAUAAGAUUGAAAACAUACUUUUUUCCUCUCUCAUGGAUGGUGCUGUUGCUGUUCCAUCUUCUCAAGAUAGAAGCAUUAAAGCUUCUACAGACCCUCUUGCCUCAAGCACAUGGGAGGAGGUUUCCCCAAUGGAUACAUUGAUUACACCAGUGCAGUGUAAGUCUUUGUGGAGACAAUUCAAAGCGGAGACUGAGUAUACUGUUACUCAAGCUAUUUCAGCACAGGCGUGAAUGUCUAGGUUCCAAGAGGCUUGUGUGCUUAAACAGACUUGACUCAUAUACCACCAUUGUUUGACUCUGGUAGCACCUCUUCUUCCUCUUCAAGUUUUACACGGGUCACAUGCGCCCUUGUGGACAUGCAUAUGAGGUGUGUCCCUCUUCUUGAAAUGCAAAACAUAGCACCUUUGACCCCCAACCAUCAUUGGAAUCAGCCAGAUCAGAAUUGCUUUGUACUUCAUAUCUUACUACGUCAUUUCCCUUUUUACUCCUAUCAAUAUUAGAAACAUUUUUCUCUUCUGUUUGGAUCAUUAUGAUAGUAUGUCAACCAAUCAUUUUUGCUACAUGGCAACAUGGAACACUUUGAAGUUUACACAACUGUUGAACCCCUUUGUGGUGCACUGUAUACUCUUCCAAACAAAGGGUCUCCUCAUAUCAUAAUGCAACACCUGACUUUCUCCCAUUAAGGAAUAUUGUUGAGCAUCUUCAAGGUUAAACAAAUCAACCACUCCUAAUUCAUCUCUAAUGAAUUGGUUUAAACCAUUAAGUUAACAUCAUGAUAUUUUCUCGUUAGUCUGAUAGAUGCCAACUGAAAUAGACAGAUUUUGUACUUCAAAGUGCAUUCUUCCACAAACAUUCCACUUUGUUUCAAUGUAUGGGAUCUUUCACACAAUUCCAUUGCAUAAUUAGUUGACAAAAAUUAUUACUGCUACUUUGCUUUCAUGUGCUCUUGUGUUUGAUUUUUUUUUCUUGCCUUUUCAAGCAUGCUGAUCACCAACUCUCUUCCACCAUUGAAGCACAAUACCCUUCACUUUAAGCUUCACAAACAACAAAUUUUAUCUUCACUCAUGGUCUUUUACUCAGAUAAGCCUCCAAACUAGCUUCCCAGUCUAAAUAAUCCUCUAAGUGCACCAACCGAUCCUCCAAUCUGCCUCCUGUGGCAUUCCAUGAGUUUGGCAUCAUGAAAGGGCUUUCAUCUUCUAUAUCAUGGUUCUCAUCUUCAAGCCCGCCUUCUUGUAUGUUUAAGGUUUCUUGGUUGCCUUUCAAAGUCUUUAAUUAUACAACUCAUCUCAGCCAUCUUUGUCUACCAGCCUUGAUUUCCUAUAUCCCCAUGACGUCUAAACCACAGCCUAAAGUUACAACCUUCAACUCAGAUUUGAAUAGUGUGGCUUAGGUCUAGGCUCUUUUGUUUUUGUCCCAUUUUAUGUGGAAAGGAGAACUUAAGAUCCUGUGUAGAUCUGAUAUGAUCCAGUUGAAAGAUGCCACCUUUCAAGCAAAUUUAUGUUUACAAAGGGUUUAAAUAAGUGCUAGCUGUAAAACAAGAUUAUAGCUAGGAGAAGAAAAUGAGAUUGAAAUUUGAAGUUAGAACACUAAAAAAUCAAUUUCUAGGCCCAAAGUAUAGGAAAUAUGAAAUUUGAUCUGUAAAGAAAAGACUGCUUACAAUAACUCAAAAGAGAGUAUUUUUAAUAGCUUUUAGUAACUUAGGAUCCUAGCCCUUACUCUUUUUUUAUAACAAAAAGAAUCCUAACCCUCCAUUUUAUUUAAAGGCAUAUGCUAGCCACAUGACCACUAAAAUACUAAAAGAGAUGUUAAAGAAAACAUAACAUAGAGACAUAACUAUUCUUGUAAUAGCUAUGGGCUAGACGAAAUGGUCUAAUGGGCCUUCUUUGCUGUGCACUUAGAUGCUCCUGCACCAGAUGUAUUUGUGUUGAAUUGAUUUCUUUAUACUUUACUGAACUGAGGAUAGUUUUGAGUCUAGAAUACAUUUUCUGGGAAACUGCUUAGCAGAAAGCUACUGCUAUUGGUGGUGCUUCAGAUGCCCCAACUACCUAACCUGGGAAUAUUGAGAAUUGGGUGGAGCUUGCUUAACAGAAGACACUACUAGUGGCAGCGCAUAGGAUGCCCCAAUUUCAACCUGGGAAUAUUGAGGAUUGGGCUCCUUUUAAAUCAGGGCAUUUUUUUCUGUUAAAAUAUCAAAAAGGGGUAGAGGAGAUGAUUUUGAGAAGCUUUUUAGGACUUUGAAUACUCCCUUAAUGAUUGGGAAAUUAUCUUUAAAAGACCCUUGAGUUAAAAGUAAGAUACCAGCUUUUUUCCCUCUCGUAAAUCUAGGUGGUGUCAUUGUACUGUAAAUAAAAUAUGGUGAUGUGAGGUUUAGAGGUUGUGAGCUAGUGUUAUGUUAAAGAAUGAAAAAUAACUUGUAAAUUGAGGGAAAAGUAGAGGAAGUGGGCAGAUUGCCAAAUUAAUGUCAGCAUUGUUUCUCUUGGAGAGGUUUCCUAUUUGACUGUGCUGUAUGUCACUACAGGAUUGUUCACUACUAGGGAACUUGAUCUUUGCAUCUGCUUAUGUAAACUCAAUGCCAAGAGCUUUGUGGCUCAGUGGCAUUACCCUUUUCAAUCCCCCACUCCCACUUGUAAGCACAAAAAAAAAAAAAGGUCAUUGUAGUUGUGCGGUUAUUUUUAAACUAUGCUUUUAAUUAUUCCUUCAUCUAUAUUUGAGUCAAUUUUAUUUCCCAAUUGGAUGAUUUUUCUUGUACAAAUUGUUUGGUUCCCCUGUUUAUGUGAUUAACAAUAUUGAAAAUGCCUGCUUCUAAGAUCUACACUGUUAAUGUGCUCAUAGGCAGGGUUUUCCUGUGGUGGAAUCUGAGUUUACUGACAUUGUGUUUUCUGGAGACCCAAUGCAUAUUGGGAAAAGCACUUUAGUCCUAAGAAUUAAGUACACAACUAGAACAAGGAAUUAUUUGUUUAACUUGUUCAAUAUGUUGCCUUGUUUGUCAAUAUCUCACUUUAUUUUAGAUUUAGCUUCUCCUCUGCAACAGUUUGCUAUUCAUAAGUGAUUUGUUGAAUGCAGUUUGGUCUUUAUGAAAAAAUGAAUUUGUAUUGGGAAUUUAUAGUGUUUUAGUUCUUGGUCUUAUAAUGUGAAAAUUCCCCCAUUCAUUUGUUUCUUAU